GCCGGUGGCGGUGCCGGUGGCCGUGCCGGGGGCGGUGCGUGUCGCGGUGCGUGUCGCGAUGCCGGGCGCGGUGCGUGGCGCGGUGCGGACACUGUGCCUGGCCGCGCUGCUGGGCGCGCUGGGGGCCGGCGGGACGGAGCUGACGCUGGAGCUGCCCGAUAGCGCCCAGCGCUGCUUCCACCAGGAGCUGGAGAGUGGCAUCAAGUUCACUCUCGACUACCAGGUGAUCAGCGGAGGACACUAUGACGUGGACUGCUAUGUGGAGGACCCCAACGGCAAGACCAUCUACCAGGAGACCAAGAAGCAGUAUGACAGCUUCUCACACCAUACCGAGGUCAAGGGUGUCUACACCUUCUGCUUCAGCAAUGAGUUCUCCACCUUCUCCCACAAAAUUGUCUACUUCGACUUCCAGGUGGGCGAUGAGCCRCCCAUCCUGCCUGACAUGAACAACCGCGUCACCGCCCUGACACAGAUGGAAUCGGCCUGUGUCACCAUCCACGAGAUGCUGAACGCGGUGAUCGACUCCCAGACCCACUACCGGCUGCGGGAGGCGCAGGACCGGAGCAGAGCCGAGGAGCUCAAUGGCCGUGUCUCAUACUGGUCAGUGGGGGAAACYCUGAUCCUCUUCGUGGUCAGCAUCGGGCAGGUGAUGCUGCUCAAGAGCUUCUUCACUGAGAAGAGACCCAGCAGUGGUGGAGCUGGCACCUAGAGCCAGCAUGUGUGCGUCCAAGUGGAGCAGGGAGUGGGACAGCUGUGGCCCUGGGGUCACGCUUUGCCUCCUGUCUGUGCCGUGGGCAGGCGGGGGUGAUGGGACAUUGCUGACCCAGGUGGACAUGGUCACCCAAGUACAGGCAUCCCCCAGCAUCACCUCCCACGUGCCAUCACUCRACCUGCCACCCUGUCCCCUCAGCUGGCCACCCUGUCCCUCUUCUCUGGCUCCACUGGGGAGCAGAUGGGUACCCUGGACCCGCAUCGACACUGGGGCACCCUCAGAGCCCGGCAUGACUGUGAUGGCCACGCGCUGCCCCUCAGAGCCCUGUGCAGCCACCGAGGGGAUGGGGCAGCGCUGGCCAGCCUGGCACCCACCUGGUGCCAUCAGCCUGAGGAGAGCUGCCUGUGGGCUGGGGRGUCUCUGUCUGCACCCCAGUUAUCCUAGGGUGUUCCCAGCAGCAGAGCCACAGCAGYAACAGCGUCCAGCUAGGGCAAUGUUUUUGCUAGGUGGUCCUGUGGCUCUACCGCUCCUCCCCUGCCAGCAUUUCUCAGGCUGGCAGCAAAUGGUGUGCCAGUACCAGGUGGUAUUUUCAUACUCACAUGAGKCCAUGCCUGAGACUCAGCCCCCCCACAUCCCCCCAACCCUGCAGACACAUGCCAAGGAAGCUCCAUCCCCAUGCGAGCACAGAGGACCCCCAUGCACCUGGGACUGCAGCCCCUCAUCCCCUGGAGCCCCCCAGAGAGACCCCCACAAAGACCCUGGGGUGACCCCCCUGUGCAAGACCCCUGGAGUGCCUGGUGUUCUGGCCCUCCAGCCCUCAAGUAAAUGUGACAUUAUUUUUCAGAGCUGAAGCWACUCCAGACUUGGCCACUUUCAAAUAAAUCCCUGCAAGCACGGCUGGCACUGCUGUUAUUGGGCA